CCAAGAGGAUGCAUCUUUUAAAAGUAUAACAAAAUAGAUUUCGGUAUCUAAUUUCGUUAGAUUUUAUAAUUAAUCUAGGAUUUUUUUAAUGUUCAUUAAAAAAUUGCAAUGACUCUGAUGUCAUAAUUAUAUAAAUAGUGAGUUUUUUAACGUUAAAAGUGUAUAGUUAAUAGAACGAUUUAUUGACGCUGUUACAAAAGAGGUUAUCUUAAAAUUUAUUUAUUAAAAAUAAAAUGCCUUUAAUUAUAAUAACAGGUAUUCCUUGUAGUAGCAAAACUACAAGAACUUUACAACUGAAAGAAUAUUUCGAAAAUGAAAUGAAAAAACGGGUAGAUAUAAUUAAUGAAAUCAAUGUGAUUUAUAAAGCAGGUUAUGAUAGAAACUCAUUUUAUUCUGAUUCUAAAAAAGAAAAAUGUAUCAGAAGCAAUAUCAAAUCUACGGCGCAGAGGAUAUUGAAUCCAAACGAUGUACUAAUAAUAGAUGGUAGCAAUUAUAUUAAAGGAUAUCGCUAUGAAAUAUACUGUAUGUCUAAAUUGUAUAAAACACCGCAGUGUACAAUACAUUGUGAUAUACCUGUUGAGCAUGCUUGGCUGUGGAAUGAAAGAAGACCGCUAUCUGAACAAUAUAGCAGAGAAAUAUUUGAUGCGCUUGUAAUGAGGUAUGAAACACCAGAUAGUAAAAAUCGAUGGGAUGCUCCAUUAUUUUCUGUGAUGCCGGAAGAUGAUUUAAAUUUCAACGAUAUUUACAAGUCCCUCUAUGAAGUUAAGGCACCUAAACCAAAUCAAAGCACACAAUGUCCACCUUUAUCAUCCACGAAUUAUUUAUACGAUUUGGACAGAAUAACACAAGAUAUUACUAGUGCAAUAUUAUCGGCUAAACAACUGGGAAUCGAAAAUGAUGUCAAAAUUCCUCAAUAUGGCUUAACGGUACAAAAAACAGGUAAUACGCCUCAAAUGAUGAGAUUGCGAAGGCAAUUUUUAACAUAUAGUAAAAUGCAUCAAAUUGAUACUAAUCAAAUAGCACUAUUAUUUGUACAGUAUCUUAAUAAAAGCUUAUAAAGUAUAAACUGCAAA